CUAUGUGAUGAUGAUGCCAUUCAAACGCCAGGCCCUGGUGGAAUUCUCUGAUGUGGAGAGUGCUAACCAAUGUGUAUCCUGUGGAGCCAAGAAAACAGUGUACAUUGCAGGUCAGCAAGCUUAUUUUAACUACUCCACAUCCAAGAGAAUUACCAGACCAACCAAUGCAGAUGACCCAAGCAGUGGAAACAAAGUCCUGCUCCUUUCUAUUCAGAACCCUCUGUACCCCAUCACCACGGAUGUCUUGUACAAAGUGUGCAAUCCAAUAGGAAAUGUGCUCCGAAUUGUCAUUUUUAAAAGGAACGGGAUCCAGGCUAUGGUGGAAUAUCCUUCUUCGGUACAGUGUGCACAGAAAGUUAAGGCAGCACUGAAUGGAGCAGAUAUAUAUGCAGGCUGUUGUACCCUCAAGAUUGAGUAUGCACGGCCAACACGUUUGAAUGUAAUCAAGAAUGACAAUGAGAGCUGGGAUUACACAAAACCCUACCUGGUCAGAAGAGAACGUGGAAAGGGUCGACAACGACAGGCCAUAUUAGGAGAACACCCGUUAUCCUACAGUGAUAGUAGUUAUGGUCCACUAGGCUCUCUGUUGCCUCUGCCCAGUAAUGGUAGAUACAAGCUCACUCCAGUGGAUGUUCCAGAUAUGGUGUCUUACCCUCUGCCUCAGACAUCCAGCCUGUUCUCUGGUCAGCCCCCCAGUUCAGUUGCCAUGGUGAGCGGAUUGCAUCCGACUAAAAUGAACUGUACGCGUAUCUUUAACCUCUUCUGCCUUUAUGGAAACAUUGAAAAGGUGAAGUUUAUGAAGAGUGUUCCUGGGACUGCACUGGUUGAGAUGGGAGAUGAGUAUGCUGUCGACAGAGCCAUCACUCAUCUUAAUAGCAUUAAAGUGUUUGGCAAAAGACUCAAUGUCUGUGUGUCAAAGCAGCAUGCAGUUAUCCCGAGUCAGGUCUUUGAACUGGAGGACAACAGCAGCAGCUACAAGGAUUUUGCAAUGACUCGAAACAAUCGCUUCAGCAGUGUUGGACAGGCCUCCAAGAACAUCAUCCAGCCUCCGUCUGCUGUGCUGCACUACUACAACGUUCCCCCAUGCAUCUCCCAGGACUACCUACUCAAGCUCUGUACCGAGCACAGUGUGCCAUGCUUUGUUAAAUUCAAGGUCUUUGAUGCCAAACCUUCUUCUAAAACCAUAUCAGGACUGUUGGAAUUUGAGAGUAAAACUGAUGCAGUGGAGGCGCUUACCGUGCUCAACCAUUACCAGAUCAGGAUUCCCAAUGGCUCUAAUCCCUACACCCUGAAGCUGUGUUUUUCCACUUCAUCUCAUCUGUAAUGAGCAGACCAUAAUUAUCUGUAUCAUGGAUCACAGGUAUGCAGCCAGCUGAACUGAUGAAACUGGAAACUAAGUCCACAUUAGAGACAUU